CCAUGCAGUGCUUCAGCUUCAUUAAGAACAUGAUGGUCUUCUUCAAUACGCUCAUCUUUCUGUGUGGUGCUGCCCUGUUGGCUGUGGGCAUUUGGGUGUCGGUUGAUGGGCCAUCCUUCGUGAAGAUCUUUGGGCCGAUGUCAUCCAGUGCCAUGCAGUUUAUCAACGUGGGCUACUUCCUCAUCGCAGCUGGAGCUGUGCUCUUUGUUCUUGGUUUCCUGGGCUGCUACGGUGCUAAGUCUGAGAACAAGUGUGCACUCAUGACGUUCUUCUUCAUCCUCCUCCUCAUCUUUGUUGCUGAGAUUGCAGCUGCUGUGGUUGCCUUGGUGUACACCACAAUGGCUGAGGAAUUCCUGAAAAUGGUGGUAGUACCUGCCAUCAAGAAAGACUAUGGUUCCCAGAAAGACUUCACCCAAGUGUGGAACUAUACCAUGGAAGGGCUCAAGUGUUGUGGCUUCAACAACUACACGGAUUUUGAGGACUCACCCUACUUCAAAGAAAACCAACUCUUUCCUCCAUACUGUUGUAUCAACAAUAUCAACAGAACAGCCGAAGAACCUUGUACCGUGUAUGAGGCCCACAAAAACUCUGUACAGGGUUGCUUCAAACAGCUUCUGCAUGACAUUCGAACCAAUGCAGUCACUGUGGGUGGUGUGGCCUUUGGAAUUGGGGCCCUGGAGCUGGCUGCCAUGAUUGUAUCCAUGUACCUGUACUGCCAUCUGAAAUAAGUCCACUUCUGCCUCCGCCAUUGCUGUUGCCACAUGGGAACUGG